GCCGAGGGGAGUAAUGGUGGAGAAUGUCACGUGGCUGCAGAGAGUGAGGGCCGUGUGCAUCCCCGGAGCUGGCUCUAAGUUAUGGCGCUGGAGGGCGGGCGGUUUCUCCGAGAGAGCGGGAGUCGGCCAACGGCCGGAGGAGCAGCUUGAUCAAUCCUCGUGGACUGGGUGGCGGAACUAAAGUGUUCCCUAACCCCCACAAACAUUUAAAUAGUGGAGUUUUUAAAACAGGCAGCAAUGUUAUCUGUUAUGUCAAACGAAGCUGCCAGGCGCCUGAGGAGGAGUCUCAGGCAGUUUUCAUGGUUACGGUUUGUUCGUCGUCGUAGCUGCAAAAGGGAAAUAACCAACGACAGUACAUCAGUCAAACAGAAGCCCACAGUUAAAUCUGAGAAGGCAUUAAAGUCAAGUAAGAGUCAUGAACACGACUUCAAUAAGGCAGACUUGGAUGUUAAAGGUAAUGCAGAGAGAUUAACUGAGUUCCCAAAGAACUUCCACAGGUCUGCUACAUUGAAAAUGAUAAAAAGACCAGCAAUGAAUCUUUCCACUGGAACUUCAAGAAAACGAAAUAAUGCUAGUUUUAUUUUGCCACCUCAAAACCCUUCUAAAGUCAUACGUACACAAUUGAACUUGAAACCUAGUCAUGUCCGCAACUUGGAAUUUCUCAACCUUAGAAAUGAUGAUUUUACAAAAAGAAAAAUGUCAAAGAUUUCUCCAUUCAUUGAAAGAGAGCCAAAUUCAGAGAUAUUGUUUGGCAUUGCACCUUGUAACUUGGCCCUUGCCCAAUUGCGUAGAAAGAUUUUCAGACUGUUUGUGAAAGAAAAUCGAAGUCAGCGAGCUGAAAUGCAGCAAAUCUAUCAGCGAGUAAGGGAAAUCGGAGUGCCAGUACAUCAGGUGAUGAGAAAGGUUCUUGACAGGUUAUGUGAGAACCAUGUUCACCAAGGUAUUUGUCUUGAGGUGACACCUCUGGACUAUGUGAAAUAUGAUCAAUGCUCUUCAACAGAUAAUGAUGGUUCUGAGUUUGAACACAGUGACAAACCGAUUUUGUGGCUGGCAUUGGAAGGAAUCCAGGAUCCCAUGAACUUGGGAGCUGUGCUUCGUUCAGCUUACUUUCUUGGAGUGGAUCUUGUUCUUGUAAGUCAGCACAACAGUUGUUCUCUAACACCAACUGUGAGCAAAGCUAGUGCUGGAGUUCUUGAAGUUAUGACGAUAUAUUGCACUUCUUGUUUACCUCGAGUACUAACGGCAAAAGCAGCCCAAGGCUGGCAAAUAGUGGGAACCAUUGGAAAGUCUACAGAGGCUACCUUUGCACCAGUCAUUCCUUGUACAGAAUUCCAGUGGAGGCAACGGACUAUCCUGGUUCUGGGAAAUGAAGGUUUUGGCCUUUCUGAUGAUGUAAGCAGCUUGUGUCAUGCGAUGCUGACGAUACCAGCAGGAAGAGGCUUGCAACCUGGGAUUGAAUCUUUGAAUGUGUCUGUCGCUGCAGGAAUUCUCUUACAUGGUAUAGCCAGCAAGAGAAUGAAAACAUGACAAAGGCAUGUCUCCUUAUGCUGGUCUCCCUACACUGUUGUACACUUGCUUUAAAUCUGGAAAUAGUUUGGUGGCUGUCUGUAAUAUAGCUUCCUGACUGGACAAAUUGAAGUGCUGUGAACAUUGGUGCUGUGUAAUUUGUAGUUCACUCUUAUCAUGUGAACCCAACAGUUACAGAAUAAAUAAUGCUGCUUUAUA